AUGGAACCUGAAGCACUUAUGGACAGUUCUGAGGUACUGUGAACGCUUAACAAAAUUCAUAAAACAUUUUUGUGAUUGUUUCUAUCAGAAAUCCUUAAUCUCAUAUCCCCAACCUUAAAACCAUUGUAAGCACCCCUUGAGCAAAACAUUGUAAGCAUGGCUUGAGCAAAACAUUGCACCCCUUUUUCUCCUUAGGUUGUUUUUUAUGACACAACAUUAUAUAUGUAUAAUUCAAAUUUUGAUACAAUAUACAGGUAUCAGUUGAAAGCCAACAUUUACAUGGAGAGAAUUUCUAAGGAGGGUCUUUUGCAAACGAUUAAUAUCACUGUUCUAUGGUACACGAAGUAAGUCAGUUUUUAGAUUUUUAAAGUAUACAAAUAUAUAUUUUAGGAUACUGGUUCUGUUCCUUUGGUAAAGUGUAUGAAUUGUGAGGUUGAAGUAUUGAUUACUGAGAUCAGGGAACAUCGGCAAAUUUGUUGCAGAGAUGAUGAACUGUGAGUAUAAUGAAUGGUUAGAGAAGCCCUAUCUCUGUAAAAGGAAGCUUUUUUUCAGAAUAUAUAUUAAAUGCCCAUGCAGGGGCAGGAUCAUUAUGGCCUACCAUUCUUCUCAUCUAACCUAUGAAUGCAUCAACAAUAGUUUGUGGUAGAUAAAUUGAAUGAGAUGUUAACCUUAUAACUUUUCAGAAGAGUGCAUUGAUGGGUUAAAUAUGGCCUCUCAGCCAUUGGCAGGAUGCUUGUAUAGUUUUUUCCAGCUUGAGGUUUCCAUAACUUCAUUAAAAUUUAUGUCCUGAACAGUGGCGUAGCCAGCCCGACAAUUUAGUCCCACUAUGCAAAUUCAAAAUUAUUAUCAUUAUUAAUUUCUUUAGAAAUUGAUUGUUUUCACAGUCAAUGAACAUGGAAAUAUUUGCAUAGCGGGACCAAAGAGUCGGGCUGGCUAUGCUACUGGUCCUGAAGUUAUUAGAGAUGCCUCUGAGCUGGAAAAGAGUGACUGAUAUGAGUUUUUUUUAAAAAAAGUUUAUAAUAAUAAUAAUUUAUUUAAAACUGAUUUUGUAACCAAUAGGUUAAAUAACAUCAGAAAUUUACGAAAUGGUUCCGAUAAUUCUCUUAAAUACAGGAGUUACCCAAGGUUUGUCAUUGUCAUGUAAUUUGACAGUUUUUAUUGGAAGGAAACAAUCCAAUUCGGCAUUUAUGAUGUCUUGGAAGAGGUCUAAUUUUUGUUCACAAGAAAUAGUGCGGCAUAAAAUGUUCCAAUUAAAAUCGGUUAACCACUUUCCAAAAGCAGUUUUUGCAGCAUUAUUUCCCUGUCUGAUUUUUACUUUCGUGUGGGCGUUUUUAGUUGAACCUUCCUUAUAUGAGCAUAACACUGAAUUGUGGUCGCUGCGCCCAACGGGUGGGAUUACCAAGGGGAUGUUACAAAAGUCUGACAUGUUUGUCAAAAUUAAAUCCAAAAUAGCAUUCCCUCUCGUAGGUUGUUUAACAAUCUGUUUUAAAGUAAAAUGUCUGAGUAUUGUGGAAACUGGACAUUUGUUAAAAUCCCCAACUAAUAUUAUGCCAGCAUUUGGGUACAUGGAGAGGGCAACAUCAAGCUUUAUGGUAAGGUGUUCAAUUAUUGUGUUGUUGUCGCUGGAUGGUGGGUGGUAAACCACACAGACAACCAAACAUGAGAAUCCUCGGAACAGUUUGUGAGGUCUCAGGUAAAGCCACAGAGUUUCGAAACAAACAUCUUGCAAACAAGUUAGAAUUUUAAAGGGGAUCUGUGACUUUAUAUAAGCACACACCCCUCCUCCAGUCCUAGAUUUUCUAUCACAACGUAUCAAGGAGUAGCCAUGUAUUUGGACUGCGGCGUUGUCAAUGUUUUCAUUUAGCCAUGUUUCUGUGAUAAAAGCUAAACUGGCAUGAUUUAAUUUAAGAAUAGCAUAUAAUUCAUCAAUUUUCGGCAGAAGUGAUCUGACAUUUGAAAGGAAAAAUGAUAGUGGGUAUCUUUGGGCAUUUGGGCAACCUAGUCUCCAAUUUUUAUGGUUCAAUAUAGGAAUUUUUAUCAAAUUUUCCGUGGUUACGAACCUUUCGUUUGUGUAUGCAGGGGUACUGUUUAAACGAUUAUGUAAGUUAAUUUGCCGUCUAGUUGUCCAAACCGGAUAUUAUUUGUUCUAGGUAUUUGAUCGGCUACGGGAUCAGUAUAUGAAAUGCUUUGUCGGUCGGUUUUGUAUUGCACUUAUAACAUGAAUCUUUUGUUCAUCUCAAUUUCAUGUUUGCAACCAUUUUGUGACAGUGCAUGGCAAGAUAUAACAUUUUCUUUUGUGUUAAAUUCAGAUCAGAAAUCGUACCAGGUCCAGAUGGAGAUCAUGAUAAAAAUGAUGUCUGCUUACAUCCAAGUGAACAUGUACCUGUAUGUGCUAUAUAAUGUAGAUAUUACCAGUAUAGAUGCUUUAAUGUCUUUAAUAUAUGAUAGCCUAAGUUGCAAGCUACUUAUUUAGUGACACACUUUAUUUAAUCUCAGGAACUAGAAUGUGAUGUUCACACUGUUGAAUGUGAUGAUUGUCAUGAACGAUUCCCUGCCCAAGAAGCCAUGGAGCAUAACAACACUUGUCGUGGUGGGACUUCUGGAAUUUCUGAAAGAAG